AUGAAAACAUGUUAAAAAGAAGGGGUAUUCAGACCAUCUGUAUUUUUUUAUUUUUCUGAAGAUUUAUUCUUGAUUUUUAUUCUUUGAUAUCUUAAAAUCGAGAGGUUAAUAUUUCUAGAAUUGCAACAGGUUGGGAGCUGAAGCCUUGUGGUGACACUAUAUAUUGCUCCAUGAUAAAAAAUGAUUAGCUCAUUCUUACAGCUAUUUAAAAAAAUACUGAAAACAUUGUAUUCGAUUAAAAUGUAAUUUAAAAAAAAUGUUAAAUGUCAUCAGGGUUUUCAGAAUCGCUCUUUGUCUGGUCCCUCACCUAGAGCCAAUUUACCAGUGGCUAUUGCCCCGGAGAACAUAGCUCCCAGGAUCACAGGGACACUCAAACCCCUCCACCGCGAUAAGGUGGCGAUUCUUUAGAGGGGAACACAGAACACACAGGACGCAGGACAUGACGCAGGACAGGACACAAGACAGGACACAAGAGAGAACACAAGACAGGACACAAGAGAGAACACAAGACAGGACACAAGAAAUGACACAAGACAGGAGAGGAAAGGAAAGGAAAGGAGGAAUAGAAAGAAUAAAAAGAAUAAAAAGAAAGAGUAGUAGGGAAAGGAAAGGUUGUUCAAAGCCAACACCACAGCUUCAUCAAAAGAUGGAUAUUGUACAUUCAUGGCUGCCUCCAGCAGCUUUUCUGCAGAGCCAAACAUAUUUUGAAGGUCCUUGAACAUGGCCUUCGACAUUUUGUCCAUCUUCUGGGUCAUUUGAAUUAUUUGUUUCGGUGGUGGUGUUGACACUAAAAAAAUUUACACAAAUUAAAGGGUGAUUUUGGAGAAUGCCGACGCCAGUGUGCUCAUUGCAUCAGGAACCUUAGGACUUGAUAGCUGGACAUUUGUGGUCAGCUGGUGGCCAGUCUGGGGGCCACUACGACUACCUUGGUUGCUGCUGACUCUGUUGUCUCUUGGCUGGAGCAAAUUUCCACUGGAACUUCAAUGGUUCUGUGGGCGUCUCUGGUGUACAUUGUUGAACUUGCCCCUGCGGUUCUGCUGUGGUCUGAACCGUUGCUGGUUGUCCCUUUUUACUUGGCAUUUGCAGUGACAGAAUUUGCCACUGUGCUGUCUCUGUGCAAAGCCUGCACGAGAAGCGUUUCUGUAAAAGGGUCUGCGAUGAUAAUCAGCUUGGUACGCUGGUCUGUUGUACCAAGUGGGCCUUGGAUUGGUCAGCCUUUGGUAGCUGGGAUACCUCUGCCAAGCCCAUGCACGACCAGUGUUCCACUGCCUGCGUGCAACUCGAUUCCUAGUGUUGCGGCUGGCAUGGGGUUGUUGUCUUGCAACGCUCACCCCUUGAGGCCCACAUCGUUGCACAGCUGCAGGAGGGCGCUGCCUUCUUUGAAACUGGGCGCGCUGUUCAUGUCUGUGAUUUGCCUUCCUAUCAGAGGAAUUUCUGUUGGGUGCCGAGUCAGAGUUUCUACCAUGGCUGAGAUGUGACAGUUGGUCAGCCAUUCUUCUGUUAAACGGAACGCGGUAUGGUUUUUUACUUUUAGUCGAACCAUUGUCGAUGGCUCUUCUGUUGGUUCCGCUCAUGUCUUGGUCUCCGGAGGUGCAGCUACCUGGGUUGCUGCUCCGAGUUGUUCCAAUGGCAGGUUUUGCCUUGGAAACAUUGUCUUUCUCGUCCGGUGAGCCUGUGAUUUUUCGGCGGCUGGCAAGCAGUUCAUGUCUGCGAUAUUUACGCAGUGCCUGCAAAUCCAUGGAGGCGAUGGCUCUUCUCUUGCUUCCUCUCAUGUCUGGGUGUCUGGAGGUGCAGCUACCUGGGUUGCUGCUCCGAGUUGUUCCAAUGGCAGGUUUUGCCUUGGAAACAUUGUCUUUCUCGUCCAGUGAGCCUGUGAUUUUUCGGCGGCUGGCAAGCAAUUCAUAUCUGCGAUGUUUACGCAGUGCCUGCAAAUCCAUGGAGGCGAUGGCUCUUCUCUUGCUUCCUCUCAUGUCUGGGUGUCUGGAGGUGCAGCUACCUGGGUUGCUGCUCCGAGUUGUUCCAAUGGCAGGUUUUGCCUUGGAAACAUUGUCUUUCUCGUCCAGUGAGCCUGUGAUUUUUCGGCGGCUGGCAAGCAGUUCAUGUCUGCGAUGUUUACGCAGUGCCUGCAAAUCCAUGGAGGCGAUGGCUCUUCUCUUGCUUCCUCUCAUGUCUGGGUGUCUGGAGGUGCAGCUACCUGGGUUGCUGCUCCGAGUUGUUCCAAUGGCAGGUUUUGCCUUGGAAACAUUGUCUUUCUCGUCCAGUGAGCCUGUGAUUUUUCGGCGGCUGGCAAGCAGUUCAUGUCUGCGAUGUUUACGCAGUGCCUGCAAAUCCAUGGAGGCGAUGGCUCUUCUCUUGCUUCCUCUCAUGUCUGGGUGUCUGGAGGUGCAGCUACCUGGGUUGCUGCUCCGAGUUGUUCCAAUGGCAGGUUUUGCCUUGGAAACAUUGUCUUUCUCGUCCAGUGAGCCUGUGAUUUUUCGGCGGCUGGCAAGCAAUUCAUAUCUGCGAUGUUUACGCAGUGCCAACAAAUCCAUGGAUGCAAUAGCUCUCCUGUGUGACCCAUGUGCCGUACGUUUAACACCCUCAUCAAUCACUGACUCUGAGAUUCUGCGGUAGCGAGCCAACAGCUGGUAUCUCUGUUGCGUGCGCAGGACCCACAAAUCAGAAGAAUUCCUCUUUGGUUCCUUGGCUGUGGUGGCAUCUCUUGGUGCCUUGGAAAUAGAAAGAUUUCCAAGGCACAGGUUGUUGUAGCGGUGCAUUUUGUGUAGUGCACACAAACUCCGGUUCUUCUCUGCUAAAGUCCGGUGAGUGUUAAAAAUCGCAGCUAAUCACGAGAAAUCGUGGGUUGAACUGACUCUGUUACUGAGUUAUUGAGUUACACUUGUGGACUUUCUGUCACUUGUGGACUUUCUGUCAGUUGUGAUGACAUCACAGAGAUCAAAGGCAUUC